GGUUGAUUUCGUUAAUGCUGUCUUUUGAUACUGUCAGCUGAGCUCUAUUGUUUUGUUUUCAAAUUUGCGUUCAAUGUCAAACGAGAUCACCGUUGGUGAUUCCAUUGUGACAUUGCUGUCAUCUGUGUGUUCUGUCAACAACAACGAAACUGUUUGCGUAAAUAAAUUAGCUGCGUGGUAAAGUUUUACCCAAAAAACACACAAUUUGCGAAGUAAAAUCAGAGUUGUUAGAGAGAAACUUUAUAAAAUAACAUUUGUUAACACAAUUCAACGAUACUAGAUUCAUGCUGAAGGGUUCCAGCGGUGGGAGAACAUAAAGUGAUUUGUCAUGUUGUAGCCUCUACCCGUGUAGAAUGAUAGUUGAUAUUUCUACCAGCAUUUCGUGGCUUUAGAAAACAAUUCGAGAUAGUAGCCGUUAAUCGUAACUCACUACACCAUGUCUUGUGAGGUAAAAGUUCUCGCCAGCAUUGACAACUUAACCGAAGUGCAGGAACAGUUCGGUUUGGGUUCAGAAGAAAAUUGGCUAAAUGCAGUUUGCUAUUCGUUAUCUCCCGCCGGCGACAUCCUUGCACUUGGGCACGGUUCAAUUCUGGUGGUGUUAACCUCGCGCUGGGAUCGUCAACGGCAGAUCAAUGUGUACAAAACGGCCUGGCGAGGAGCGAUCGAUAGCCCCAGUUGCAUCAUCACCAGCGUACUCUGCACUCCCAUCGUCGGCCAGGGCCAGAGCUCGCAAACAAUGGUCGACUUUAGUUACAUCAUUGUGGGUCUCGACGAUGGACAAGUAUUGUUUUAUGGUGAAAACGGUACGCUUCUUCACUCGCAGAUUUUCCACCAAGAACCGAUACAAGCUAUCAAAGCGCAAAGCGGCAAACAUAUCAAUGAAGAGCUAUACGUGCUUUAUCCUUCCUGUAGUGUGAUUUUGCAGGGCGCACAGGUAUUUCCUUUGUUGCGCAGUUUACGACAGCAAAUCAAUCGUUACGGUGCCGGUAGUCCGAAGGUGAAUGAAGCACAGGAAACGAUCGCUUGUCGCAAGUGGAGUUAUGAAAAGGGCAUGACGAUCGUGGAUGCCGUAGUUGUUGGGCCGCAGAAGAGCUGCACUUUUGAUCAUCUGUUAACGGCCAGCUUAGAGGGUGGUUUCUUUGCAAAAUACCGUCACGCAGCUCCGCAGAAUUCGCUCAUAAUUGCUGCCGGGAGUAAGCCUUACGUUGGUUUCCAUUACGCCAAGGAAGGGUUUACGCAACCAGUGCUGGCGGACGUGGCCAGAGCUGUAGCUAGCAAAAUUAAAUCUGCCUUACCUUCCUGGCUGGGUGGUGGUGGUUCUUCCGCUCAACAACAAACUGCCGCAGAACCACAACUGCCUCCUUCCGAACCGCUGAUAUGCAGAUUCGGAUUAUGUGAUUUGCAGCGAAAUGCGUUUGCCGUGUGGCUGGCACCGAACUAUCAGUUGGCAGCCGUUGCGGAUCACCUUGGGCGCAUUAUUCUGGUUGACUGUCAGCGCGGGAUCGCUUUGCGCAUUUGGAAAGGCUAUCGCGAUGCACAGUGCGGAUUUGUAGAGGUGUCGGAGAAGCCACCUAAGGAAAGCUCAGCUACCGUAGGAGCAACUCGGAAGAUUGAUCGUCGAAAAGCAUUGUUUCUUGUUAUUUAUGCCCCCCGUCGUUCGGUAUUAGAGAUUUGGUCGCUUCGUUCGGGUGGUCCGAAAGUGGCCGCAUUUAGUGCCGCUAAGAACGGACAACUAAUCUACAACACCCACAGCCAGAUGGGAGUGACUAGCGGGGCAAGCAAAAUUAAGUACACUGGCCAUGGGUGUACAUUUUUCGAUCCGUCCGACAGCAGUUUGAAAGAGAUCGUGAUACCAUUUCACUGUGCAUUAAGUGAUUCUAAGUCAAAACUAGCCAAAGAUUUGCAUUUGUUAAAGCGACUGAAAGUUUGUUUAAAAUCGGGCGACGGUAGCGAAUCCGAAGAGCUAGAAGAAAUGACCGAUAUGUGUCGGUGUUUCGAGACGGAUGAAGUCCGUCUGCAGUGUGUAGAAAUGUUGGCCAAGCAGCGCAAGAUUCGCCCGAAACUGUUCGCAGCCGUAGUGGACAUCUUUGCCGAACUUUCAGCUGAAGGAUCAAUGAUGAACACGACACUGGGGCCAUCUGAAGCAUCGGUACUGUUGGAUGACGUCGUUGAAGACGAUCAGGAAACGCAAUCGAUCUGUAUGCCGAUCGGUAAAAGCCCACUUCGUGUGAUGUGUGAAAACUAUCAAAGAUUAGUAAUGUUUUAUCUGCAUCUACACGGAGAUAAGCCCACGAUCGACGAUGGAGAUAAACACGGUAAACUUGCAGAGAAAUCGAUCGACCAUUCUGAAUCUGACGAGAAGAUUGUUCCGAGCAAGGACGAGGAAAAGAAAAUGAAUGUACAUCUUUCCGACCAGGAACUUACGGUGAUCGAGCAAUUGAUUGAACUGAUCCGUAUGAACGAGAGUGAAGGAUUACAGAUGGGCCAGAACGCUACAAUUGGGACCAGUGGUAAUGCAGCGUCGAAAGGCGUUAAGUUCGACGAGAGUGCAGCUUCGGGUGUGCGUAAUUCUAGCUUCAUGGAGUAUCUUUCAUCGUUCAACGUUACAAACGAGGAUCUAAUUCUGCUGCGCGAUGAAAACGGUGCCGUUGCACAUGCGAGCUUGGGGAAAAUCAUUUUUGACAAGCUCUAUCGAACGGAUUCGAGCCGUUUGGUUGGGUUCGUAGAUGCGGCAGAUGCUUGCAGGCUGAUGCCCGAGGAUUUGCUGCGUACGUUCCUCGCGUACUGGUUACGGUUACCGUUCAACUACAGCGAUAUUGCCACCUUGAUUGAAGACUUGACACGGUUUAAUGCCGUGCUGCAUCAGAUAUGUUUGCUAGCGCGAGAUAGAAUCCUUUUCGAAAACAAUGCCAUCUGUCUGUGGUGGCAAUCGGUGCGAGAGUAUCUGCUAGAGUCACCUUGCGCAUUGCGCGGACUGCUGGCAGCACUGAUGUGUCGCAACGAAGCCCUACGGCACGAAACGCGCCGCCGAAGCGACGAGGAACAGAUCACGAGUGAACAGUUCGAGCAAGUGUCGCAGGAAGCGUGUCAGUGGAUGCUGCUAAUCUGCAAACUAGAGGACGUUGCUAUUUUGGGGAAGAUUCUCGUUGAAAACAUUCGAUGCCGCAACGCACGCUGGCCUACACUAAAGUAUCAAAAACCGGUCGUAAGCCUGAAGGAAAUUUUAACCGGUGGUAAGGGGAUAGUGUCGGAAUUGGUUGCGAAAUGGGUUUCCUCGACUGGAAUCGACCCGCCGAUGCUAGUAAUCGAAAUACCACAGGAAGCAACGGAAAUCGACCCGAAACCGAUAGCAGAAGAAGCUUCCCCCGAGAAAGAGUCCGAAAAUAACAGUAGACGCGAACGGAAUCGACGGUUGGCGUUGAUGAAGGCUAAUCUGUUGCUUACGUCCGAGUACGGACCGUCUAAAGAGGAUGCCGAGCAGGAAGCGGAGCUUGAUCCGGUGCUAUACAACUUGAACAUUUUACGGCUACACUUUCCCUUUAGUCUCGAUUCUGGUCAGCUGCUGGCGCAGCUCGCCUGGGAGUACAUUGGAGCGUGGAGCAGAAAUAUGGCAAAUGUGGCCUGUCUGCAAGCCGGACUUGCAUCGCUCAAAGCUAUCCCACGAUUGCAGUACUCGAUCAAGCACGGUCUUUGCUGUAUGAUAUGGAACGCUCAUCUAAAAAUACCACUGGAAGCCACAAAGAAACUGGUCAACAAGGUCGGUCGACUGCCGAAGGAGAAACUCUGCCUGCAGGAUAUCGGUAUCAGUGAUGCGCUGGUCCCACAGUUUCUUGAAUGUUGCCUUGAAUUUUUCGAACAAUUUGCUGGCAGCAUCGACCAUGAUAAACUGGAGCUACGCUUCGAGGAUCUGCUGCAGGAUGGGCCGGUGCCGCUAACGACGUUAGCAACACAGCAGUCGUCCGCAAAUAUGGCUCUUCUAAGACUGCAUCAGGAACUUACGACGGUCCUGCUCGUACUGACCUCGUUCCAUGUGCGCUAUGCGAACAAACCAAUCCAACAGCUGUUUGAUGGGAUGUCGAAUCAGGCAUUUUUUUCGGAAAUAAAUCGUCAACAGAGCACAGCGAAUGCACUACCCAAGGCGGACCAACUGUUGCGAAAAACGCGGCUAGAGUUUCUGUGCCGCACGGUAACGGCAACGAUGGAAUUGAUUCACGAGGAUAUGGAAACCGUGUACUAUACGGACCAUAACAGCUGGAUGGAUACGAUCGAGCGGCUAGCAGGUGCCUGGGAACUUGAGUUUGGGGACAUUCGCAAGCAUCAGAUAAUUGAACUGUACGCCUAUGGAUGGGACACAUACGCACACGAGCUGCUGGAGAACGUUAUUCCGGAUCAAACAUUCGCCAACCUGCUGCUAACGAUAGCGGGCCGACGUUUGGCACUGUACACCAAGGCGAAUCCGACGGCCUGGGGUCAGAUCGCUGCGGUUGGUCCACUGCUUACCGACUAUCUCGAUACGCUUGUAAGUAACAGCAAUUACGGACCACCGCUGCGUUCCGUCGAGACAGACGAAACCACGCUGGCAACGGUGGCUGGCAGUGAUUUGUUUAUCGAAAAGAUAACAAAACUAACCGAGAAAGCCUUCAACUGCCUGUCGACGCUGGCAGUCAAUGCAAAGGGCACCUCCAAGGAGCUGCGUGUUGCCGGAUUAAUAUUUGACGCUUGCGCCACCAUCAAAGAUCAUCGGCAUUAGUACAUUAGAAGUAGCUUCUUCCUAAUGUCCCGGCACUCUAAAAAAAAGCCACGUGAUAUCGAUGUCUGCGGUUAUUUGUUUUUGUCAUUUACUACCAAUCUUCCGUAUUUAGCAAUCGUUGUGUUAGGAGAUGGUACGUUUUAUUGUAAAUAAUUUCAUUACAUUUUAAACGUAUAGGAAGAUUCGUGAUUGUGUGCUACUAUUCGCGUCGUGGUCCUCUUUAUGAUCGUAUUGAUCUUUGCUUUACGGCGGUACCACAGUAUAAAAGUUUAAAAACAACCAAACCAGCACCGAAUCCGAACAUAUACAACCACAGUUAAAUAUGUCUCGAAAAUGUUAAUAAAAAGCCUUGUUGACUCGGACAAAA